ACUUUGCUGGAAGCAGGGAGGUCUCCGUGUCAGUUUCACUAAGAGGGUGGGUCGUUCUGCUGAUCCCAAGGAUGUUCCUCACCUGGACUUGGCUGCUGGCCCCGGCGCUCCUGGCAGCGCAUGGAGAGGCCCAGAGCUGCAAGCCUGAAUUUCAAGGUGCUGCUCUCAACUUGGCCAAAGGCCGCCCAGCUUGUCAGUCCUCCAUCUUUCCACACGAGAUCAUUGCGGCAGCAAGCAAAGCUGUGGAUGGGAACUGCGGUGGGGACUGGUAUAAACCCGGCACCUGCACCCACACUCUGCUAGACACGGAGCCUUGGUGGUACGUGGACUUGGGUGAACAGUAUGCCAUCUCCGUGGUGGUGGUGAAGAAUCGCGGGGACUGCUGCGGCGAGAGACUCCAGGGAGCCCAGAUCCGUGUGGGAGACUCUGUGGCUGACCAUGGCAAGUCCAACCCCCUCUGUGGGACCAUCACAAACACCAGCCUUGGCUCUGUCAGCACCUUGAACUGCAAUUGGCUCAAGGGCCGCUAUGUGAGCGUCAACAUCCCGGGAAGGGCCGAAUACUUGACCUUGUGUGAAGUGGAGGUCUAUGGCACCAAGGUAGAAGACCUGUGUUAGAGCUCAGUAGUCGCUCUCUCUGUGUGUGUGUGAAUGUGUUGGUGUUGG